CGGCGCCGCUGGAGCUGCAAACGCCACCGCUGCUCCUCCUCUGUGCGCCGGUUCCCUCGGUUUAUUCGCGCGGCGGAGCUGGUGCUGAUGCUGCCGGGGAGAGACGCAUCUCUCGGACGGACACCAACCACCAACGCCUCUGGGCCGUAGUGCCUAGAGCGCAUGCGGCAGAGGAGCAUUCUGGGUAAUGGCGUUUGUGUGGCGAAGCGAUGCUGCUUUCAGUGGCAGUCAUGGUGGUCUCAGGUAAAGUAUAUGUGAAUCUGGAUAAAAAACAGAAAGUGGACGUUCCUUUUGGUUCCUCCCUGACUCUGCACUGCUGUUUGGGGCUGACGGAUGAGGAUCAGAGGUUUCGAGUGCGGUGGUCCUUUAUUUCUUCUGAAUCUGCAAACAACAAGUCAAUAAACAUUUCUGAGGGGACAUUUUCUCGGAACUCCUCGGAUGAAUGGCGAAACCUAAUUUUAUCAGAUGUUACCCGCAACAACAGUGGACGGUACUUUUGUGAAAUCAUGGUGGAUAUUCCCAAAAUUAGCUCUAAUAAGAGCAAGGAAACACAAGUAGUUAUUGUGAAGAGCUUAAUGGAGGCUACAGUGUACCCGUCACUAGUGACUAACGACCCUACACCCAUUGACUGGUGGAUGUGGAUCCUGUUGGGGAUAUCGACUUUCAUCCUGAUCAUCCUGCUGGUCAUAUGUGCAAUGAUGAGAAGGAGAUGCCACAGACGCAGAGCAGAAGAUCAAAUCUAUGCCAACACUCAUCCUGUGCCCAACAAGCAGCCGUCACCUCGGCCUCGUCAGCCUGUGAACAGCCUGAAGAAACAUCCGUCCUCUGAAAACUUCUGGACCCCGGGGACCAACAGGACAUAUGCCAACGGUAAAUGGAGGCAAAAACCGUGAGAAGGUCAUGGAGCUUUUUCCUUAAACGGAACAUUUGCAUGUAAUGUUGAUUCAUUUCUUUCUAGUACAACCUAUUCAG